GCGUCACGUGGUUGCGUGCAGUCUGCACAAGAGAGAGCGGAGUGUCCUCUGUCUAUCUGACGCCGAGUUUACUGUCGGAGAUCAGCAAAUCAACAAGCCCUUAAGAUGUCUGCCGGAAACGCCAAGAUCGGUCAUCCUGCUCCUCAGUUCAAGGCCACGGCGGUGGUGGACGGCCAGUUUAAAGACGUCCAGCUUUCUGACUACAGAGGGAAAUAUGUGGUCUUGUUCUUCUACCCCCUGGACUUCACCUUCGUGUGCCCGACUGAGAUCAUCGCCUUCAGCGAUCACGCCGAGGAGUUCCGUAAGAUCGGCUGUGAGAUCCUCGCCGCCUCCACCGACUCCCACUUCAGUCACCUGGCCUGGAUCAACACCCCGAGGAAGCAGGGAGGUCUGGGCUCCAUGAAAAUCCCUCUGCUGGCCGACCUGAACCACUCCAUGUGCUGCGACUACGGCGUGCUGAAGGACGACGAGGGCAUCGCGUUCAGGGGGCUGUUUGUGAUUGAUGAUAAGGGCAUCCUGAGGCAGAUUACCAUCAACGAUCUGCCUGUGGGACGUUCUGUGGACGAGACCCUCCGCCUGGUCCAGGCGUUCCAGUUUACUGACAAGCACGGAGAAGUCUGCCCUGCAGGAUGGAAACCCGGAAGUGACACCAUCGUCCCUGACGUUCAGAAGAGUAAAGAGUUCUUCUCCAAGCAGUAAAAUGUUCCUCGCACCUGCGAUAACACUGACCCAGCGAGGAUACUGAAGCACUUAACGCUAAGCUCUGAUUAGACCAUAGUGUUUUUGUUUAAUUUGUUUAUUUUGUUGUUCUGCUGUUAAUGAGCCUUAGAGAGUGACAUGUUAACACCUCAUCUGUUUCAGUCUGCUGUUACGUCAUCUGAAUUUGUUCGGUCACAUUUCUGCUGAAAUACCUGUAGUUCUCUCUUUUUCUUUUUUCCAUUUAUGAUGAAAGCAUGGCGAAAGAUUUUGUACUCCUGAAGCGUUAACGCCUGCUUCCUUGUUAACAUCCUAGAAUUGUCCAAUAAAGGUGCUGGUUUAAAAGA